GGCGUGGCUUUGGCUGCUGCGUCAUCCGACGAGGAAGAACCCGCUGCAGUUUACUGAAAACGGAGACACGGGUAGAACAAAGUGCUGUCUAUUUGCUAGCACAUCAUGCCUGAUGAGAUGUCAAGGCGUUUAAUUCUAGAAAGAGGCGACGGGGGAGCCAGACACUUUGAAGAUGCUGUGCCGGAUCUCAGCAGCCCGGUGAUCGGCAUCCUGGGCACUGGAGACUUCUCUCGCUCAUUGGCCAGGAGGCUGGUGGCCUCUGGCUACCAAGUCGUGGUGGGAAGUCGGACCCCCACACGCUUCGUAGCUCUGUUCCCGGAGGAGGCCGAGGUGACCACCCAGUUGGAAGCAGCCAACAAGGCAGACUUGAUCUUUGUUGCAGUUUACCCUGAGCAUCACUCAACGCUGAUGGACUUGAAGCAGACGCUGGCUGGAAAGACCUUGGUGGAUGUUAGCAACAGUUUAAGCAUCAACCAUAAGGGUCCAUCCAACGCCGAGCUCCUGGCAGACUAUUUCCCUGGAAGCUUUGUGGUUAAGGGGUUCAACACCGUAUCCGCCUGGACGCUGCAGAUGGGUGCCCGAGAUGGAGGCAGGCAGGUUUUCCUGUGCAGCAACAGCCAAACGGCCAAGAACUUAGUGAAGUCAAUCUGCCAUAGGAUGGGCUUCGUCCCCGUCGACAUGGGCCUCCUUUCUUCUUCUCUGGAGAUUGAAAAUCUGCCACUCUACUUAUUCCCAUCCUGGCGCCUCCCUGUCCUCUGCAUGUUGAUCCUCUUCAUCUUCUUCUACCUGUACAACUUCGUCCAGGACGUGUUGCAUCCUUUCAUCACGCAGCACAAAGGCGCCUUCUACAAAAUGCCCAUAGAAGUGGUGAACGUCACCCUUCCAUCGGUGGCCUUGGUAAUGUUGGCGUUGGUCUACCUGCCUGGUUUGUUGGCCGCCGUCCUCCAGCUGUGGUCAGGGACCAAGUACAAUCGCUUCCCCAACUGGUUGGACCGCUGGCUGACCAGCAGAAAGCAGCUAGGACUCUGUAGCUUCCUGUGCGCCGCCCUGCAUGCCGUUUACAGCCUGUGUCUUCCUCUGAGGAAAUCCGCCCAGUUUAUCAACAUGGCCUACAAGCAGAAGAGCAUGGAGGACUUUUCGGUGGAUGAGGAAGUGUGGAGGAAGGAGUUGUACCUUUCCGUGGGCAUCAUGGCCCUCGGGUUGCUCUCCCUGCUGGCGGUCACCUCUCUACCUUCAGUUGCUGGCACCAUCAACUGGAGGGAGUUCAGCUUCAUCCAGUCUACACUUGGUUACUGCGCCUUGUUCAUGGCCACCGUCCACACGCUCUUCUACGGGUGGAAUCACGCCUUUGUUCUUGCACGGUACCACUUCUACAUGCCCCCCACAUUCGUCCUGGUCCUGGUUCUGCCCUUCGUGGUCCUGCUGGGCCGCGCGGCGCUCUGUCUGCCCUGCGUAGCCAGGCGGCUCAGGAAGAUCCGCCGCGGCUGGGAGAGGAACCGACACAUCCGCUUCAUGCUGCCGGCCGAAGACUGCUGCAACGGGGUGGAGGACGUCAGUAAUGUGUGAGAAAUGCUGCUGCUCUUAGAAACAUGGUGGAUUAUCUCCACAGAGAAGAUGAAAUAUUUAUACUAUGCUGGAAUUUGUCAGAAGACUGAAGUUCUUCUCAACAAGAGCCUGAGGGACAACCAGCCAGGGAUACCUUAAACACUUAAUGCUGUCAGAGAUGACUGCUGUUUCAGUGUCAAUCACAGUGAAGAAUGAUAUUAGCUCUUCGGAAAACGUUGCAACAUUGUUCCACAGCAGACUAAGCUGUUGUAGCUCAAGAAACCAAAAUAAGUUUCUACUUAAAGAUUUUGAUUCUUUGCUCAAUUCCUUUCCCUGUGAUCUUUGUUCUUUAUAGGUUUAAUUAAAUAUUGUGCAAAUAUGGCAAAUAUUAAGCAGCAAUGCAUGUUUAUUUUUCUCCUAAAGCUGCCUUCAAAACACAUCCAAAAUAACUUUGACAAUCAAACUAGAAAAAUAAAAGUAAAAAGAAUAAAUCUGUUCUAAAUGUCUCAUCAGUUUCAGACUAUGAAGUGAUUCUGCUGCAUUUUAUUUAGGGAUAUCCAGAUAAAAGGGGAUUGAAUACAUUUCAGAUUUGUAUUUGAACAUUAAAACUUGUAGUUCAGGUGUGAACCUUAAGUUAAAACUGGAACUAUAGAGUGAAAGUUAUGUAGUUCAUUUUUGUUCUAAUGAUGCAAAAUUCAGCACUAUAGCAUCUGGGUUGAAGUCUGAUGUUACUUCUUUGUUGUUUUCUGACACAAAGUGAUUUCUGUAUGCUGCCAUUUAACUUGAAUGUUGCCAAUAAAAUAAUGUAAACUUUGACCUUUGCUGGAAGGUGCUAUACAAAUAAAAUUUUAUUUGAUUUGA